UCAGUUGCUGUCAUUUCGUAUUCAUAUCGUGUUGAUUUUAUUUAUACACAGUUUGCGAUAACAUUGGCCUAGUUCAAGUUCAACACUCCAGCAGCGUGAAUGCCGGUUCCAUCCAAAAAAAAAAGAAUGCGGUCGGGGAGAACAGAAAUAAAGAAGUCGAAGAGCAGCAAUUGAAGACUCACAGCCAAUUAAUAUUAGCGUUCAGUAGCGAAUAAGACGUGACCACCGACACAAGUGUGCUAUUGGAAACUUGGUCGUAGACGAUUCGAAACGCAGUUAGCAAAAGUUACAGCAAAGUAAAUAAUUAUUUCAGCAAACGUUUACAGUUUAUGAUUUAAAUAAACAGUGAAAUUGAGUGUAUAUGGUGUACAACAUGACGGGGCAAGUGAUAGUAAAUAUUAUCAUUGUUGCAUUUGUAAUAUUGGCGAGUGUUGCGAAUGCAUUUGCUUAUCGAUUGGCCAUCGACAAGUCAGAUGAAAAACCACUAGUCAGCGAGCGAUUUUCAAUCAAUAAUGGUGUGGCAAGUACUAAUGAAAGUGUGGCGCAGAGAGAAGUCAUAAAUCAUGUACACCAUCAACAUCAACAGACUAUUGGCAAUGUUCACAUUUUGACCAAUAUUGAUAUAGCAAAUUUGAUAACUAUUCUGAAUGCCAGUACACCCACCUUCACAUCGCACUCGGAUGGUCAACCAACUGACGCGACAGCAGUGUCACCGAUAACGAUGACAACAUUGCCAGGCUCGACCAUAGAUUCCACUUGGAAUCCGAAUCGCGAUGAUAUUGCAUCGACAGUUGAUGAACGUCAGCAAUUUAAGCGUCUCGAACGUAACCGAGGAAUUGACUCGAAACCCUUUAAAUUCCCCACAAUGAACGAUUACGUUCGACAAAUUCGUUGGCCAACCGAACGACACUCGGUACAUGCAAUCGAUUCCGAGCCAGCAGCAGCAGUUAAUCGAGAUCAGUCAAUUGUUUUUUUCCCGAGGUCCGAAUCGACGAUGCUAGAAAAUACCGAUAUGAAACCGAUCACAGUCCAAUCGAACGAAAUAAAUGAUGAACCAUUGCUGCCAAAUUCAGUGAAUAGUUCAGUAUUCGUUGUAAACCAAACGGCCAUCGACAAUGGACUCGAACCCUUCGUGUACGUCAAUGAUGAUGGUGUGUUUCAAGUGAAAUAUGUACCCAAAGGUGAAAAUGUAUCGCAAUCGAACGACAAUCGACAGCAUUCAAAUGAGCCGAGCUUAGCAUCAAUUAAUAAAACCGAAGAAACUGCAAUUAUUUCUAAUGACAAUCGACAAAUUCCACGGGAUCAUCGCAUUUCGACCGAAGCAAACAAUGAGCGCCCAGCAACAACAAUCGAUCCCAUUCACGAUGUUUCGCCGAUAAAUAACACCGAAAUGAUAUUUCAAUGGACUGAAGCACAAAAAGACUCAACCGAGCAACAAAAGCAGCAGCAACCGCCGGCAACGUCGUCGCCGCCAUCGUCAUCAGACGAAAAGCAACCGAGACUAUUCAAUGGCCAUCCAAUAUUUGCUUAAAAUUUAAAUAAUGUAAUGUAAAACAUACCACGUUUGUAUUUCGGUAUGAAUGUAGGCGAUGCCGCCCCACCAAUUAAUUGGAAUUGAUUCUUCCAUUCUUCAUCAUCAUCACAACACAUCAAUUGUGCAAUAUUAACAACGGACACAUAAAAAACGAACAUUCACAACCGCUUGUUGGUUUCUUUUCAGUAUUUCAUUUAGACAUAUAUUUUUUUUUUCUAUUCAUCGUCUGCCGUCGUGCCGGUUUGUAUACGUCAAAAUAUGUGCACACAUUGUUAAAUGCCAUUUAAUUUAUUCAUUCGAUUUAAUUAUGAGAUGCUCACCAAUAAAUUGCCAUGAACACGGUCUUGCGGUCGUUAAUUUAUUCAAAUUGAAUGUAGUGAAUAAAUCGUAAUUAUUUUCAAAUCGA